GAUAGCUGAUACUUGAUAUGUCUUUACAACGGACACAGAUCAAAGUAGCAUAAUUGUACACUGUGCGAACUGAUUAAAUUAAAGAAUAUAUACAGUACGUCUGCUCUUGUGAAGGACAUACAAAUAAAUUAAAAAGUUUUAGUUUAUGACCUGAACUUAAGAAGGCGUGCAAUAACUAAUGAUGACAAAUUUAUGAAGUACGAAUAGUGUGUAUUUGUUGUUAUGUUUCUCUUUUCUUAAUACGAAAUGAAUACUGAUGCAUCCCAAACUUGUGAAUGGUUGGUUUGUCAUUCCAAAAGAUACUCAGGCAGACCAUACUUCUUUAAUACCUUAACAGGAGACGCCGUGUGGAAUUUGCCUGAACAAACUGUAGCGUUUAUCAAGGCAAGAGCAAAUCAAAGCAAACCUAUAUUAAAUACAGGAUAUCCAGAGCCCAAUGAAGUCUUUAAUGAUACUAUAUCCACUUCCUUUAACAAUAAUGCAUCUUUUAAUCAGCCAACAACAGCAAAAAUGUAUAAUUCAUUAUGUAGACAAAGCCCUUCCAUUGCUAACAUAAACUUUUCACACUGUACUCCCCAGAACACAUAUAAUAACAUCACUUUGGGAGUGCCAUUAUUAAGUGUCCGUCCCAAUUCAAUAAAUUGGAAUGAAUCUUCUAACAAUUCGGAGUGUUACUUAAAUGCUAACCAAAGCAAUUUGCAAUCUCAUCAGGUUAAUGCACAUUUAUCUACCCCUAUAUCAUCGAAAACUAAAAAAGAAGAAUUUACAUUGCCAGCUGAAAGUAAAGUUACACUGCAAAAACAAUGUGAUAUGAAUGAUCAAAUAAAUUUUCAAAACAAUUCACAUAAUAUAAGUUCAAGUCAUCUAACUGCACAUCUUGAAGGUGAUGAUGAUAUAAAAAUAAGCAAAGACAUUGUUGAAGAAGACUUUCAUGACAUACAGGAAACACAUAAUUUUAAUAUUACAGCUGUGCAAACACUGUUUAAGAUUGACAUAAGAACCAAAGUUUGGUUUCUUGUGCUCGAUGAGGAUGUGUUUUUAAAACAAUUAAACUUUAUAAAGGAAAUUCGUAAUGCAGAUAAUAGGUGUCGCUGGGUUGUCCCGGAAUGUGUUUUGAAUCGUAUUCAAAAGGGGACAACGUCUGUUAACAAGAUACAUAUGAAGAGAGCUUUACAAGCAGCCAUAUUUAUUUCUAAUGUCUUAACGGAGAACGUUGCUAUUGUUGAUAAAGCAAAUCGUCAUGAUGAUCAUAUACAAAACAUCGUUGCAUGUUAUAGAAAAUACAGCCAAAAGGACUACAAAGUUGUUUUGUUAACAGAAAGUAAUAUCAAUCAAAAUAUAAACGCAAUGAAAUGCCCCAUAUUUCGGAUGGAAGAAGUUGAAUAUUUUAUGAUGUAUGGGAAAUUAAAGGAGACGCCUCCUCGGAAAGUAUUUAACCCAAAAAUUACGGUCACAAUACCACAUAAUCGAAGAAAGGGCGUUUUCAGUAAAACUAAAAUAGGGAUAAGAGAUCCACAAAUAAAAAAAUAUAUAGAACAAGAAAAGCAUAAUGUAUCUGAUUCAAAAUCAAUACAUAGAGAAGAGUCAGAAAUGAAAAUGGAAGUGGAUAAUUUAAUUGAUGAGAAAAAAAAUAAUGGUCACUGUCUAUGGAAUCAAUGGGACAGAUCACAUUCUCUUACCAGUUUAAAUCCAGAGGCAAUAUGCCACUCACUAUCAAAUACAUCGUUUGAUGAUACAACAAAUAUAGAUGUUGAUAAAAAUGUUAUGUUUGAAGUUACAAGUGAACCGAUGAGAGGCAACCUAGUAUCCAAGUCAGAAGAGUGGAUUUCGCGAUUCACACAAAUAGUGGAAGAGGCUCUGAAUCAGGUUCUACAAAAGGCAGCUUUUCAGAAAACACCUCCACCUUGGACGAUGUACGAGGCCUGUGUUUGUAUUAAACGGGGAUUUAAAAAUGACGCUGAUGUUGUUGAUGCGGCAAAUAAGUUGGGGGAUAUUAUAUUUGAUAAUGGAGCUUUGAGAGGUCAAAUUAAUCACAAUAUCAAUCCAUCUACAUUUAUGAAAAUCUACAGUUACGGCGUUUAUCUAGUCGAUGCUUUACAGGGCGUUUUCGAAGAUGACGAAAAUCUACAGGCAGCUGAGAAAUUACUAGCCAAAUUACUACUUGAUAUUGAGACGCCGGAUUUCAAUAACACUUUCAAUGAAGUCGAUGCAAUAAAUGAGCAUAGCGAUGAAGUUUGUUUUACAGCGACGCCACAAAAAACAUCCCAACAUCAAUCGACACCAUCCAGAAUCACCCGUUCAAAGGCUAAAAAUAUUAUGACAUCACUCACCGUCCAGGAACGAGCCGAUCAUUUUAAAAAGAAACUUCUUCGGUUCUUGCCGGGGAAAGAAAACUUUUUAUCCAAUUUUGAACUUAAACACGCGGACAAGGAUGAAAUUAGUGAACCAGAAAAUAUAGAUAAAACAGAUUGUGUUAAGACUAAAACAGAUAAUUCACCGAAAAUUAUAAGAAACUUCACAAGAAUCUCUACUCUUGAAGAUAAAUUGGAUUCAAAUGGAUUUGAUGAUCUAAGUAAUAUAGAUUUUAUUUUAGAUGGUGCUGAAGUACCAGAAAAAAAAAAUUACACUCAUAUUGAUUUCAUAGAACAAACUAAGGCUAAAUUAGGCUACAUUUUUCAAUUUUGCCAAGAUACAAGACAAAAGCUGUUAAAUCCAGAAAAACUCGAUAAAAAGGAUGUUAAUUGUCAAGCCAAAAGAUUGGCAGAACUUAUACGUUUUUGCCGUCUUCAAUUAGCAGGGAUAUACGAAAGAAGAAAAGCUGUUUAUUUAAAUGUUCUUAACUUUAAUGAGGCUGAAUAUAAUUAUAAUAAGGAAUUUGUUAAGCACUGUUUGGAUGAAUGCGCAAUCCUUAAUACGGCCCUAUCGAUUAUAAUAACAGAAACAGGCUCAACUCUCCACUAGGGGUAUUUAAAAAGGGAGAAGAAACGGUGUACCUCCACAAAUGGUACAAAGGGGGAUCCCUUCUGAAGAUGACUUUUUUCAAUGCUCAUUUUCAAUAGCGUUCUAAAAAUACGUUACAAAUGUAAAAUCCAUAUAUAACAAAGGAAACGCAGCUAAAAUUCGUCAUAUGACCACUAGCCAAAAUAUAUUUUUUAUUAAUUAUGUUAUCUUCCUACUAAAACAUUUCGUGGUUAAAUCAAGUAUCUAAACAAACAAAAUGACUGUCAACAACACGUACCAUUAAUUAAGUAAAAUAUUCGCCUAUUUGAUGAAUAAAACAAUAAAAACGUAACGUUUAUGUAUCUAUAAAAAUUGUAUUGACGCUGUCAAAGAGUCGAGCCAAAAUAUUCUCCAAGAAAAAUGUCAUAAAGAAAGAUGACUGACUUGUAAAAGUAAUUUUGUAUGAUUUUUAUGUCAUACAAAAAUUAUUAAAUUAUAUUUCUUAGUACGAGUAUGUCAAUUAAUGGUUAAGUUUCGUUUUAUUCCACCACUACAGAGUAUAGAUUUUAUCAUUAAUUAUUCAUACCCUAAUCCUGUGUCCUGUAUUAUUUUGUUCAACUGGGGCUACAGUCCCGGUGCCUCCACUUCAGAAAAAAAUGUUUUAAAUUUCGACUAGUAACCAAAUUUCUGUUGAUAUAUUUUUAAAUACUAAAAAAAUCU